AUGAUCGGAUCAUGGCGUACCAAAAAAGUACCGCGCAAUAGUACAGCAGAAGGUGAAACAGCCUCCAAAAAGACAUUUUCUCAGCGUGAUCUUUUUCUUCCGAGAGAUAUCCAAGAAGUGCAAGAAGAUCUCCCACCCACUUGCAAGUUCAAGGUCCCCAACACUAAUGAACUUCACAAGCUAGAGCUCGUAGUUAGUCCUGCAAAGGAUUCAAUGUGGUGCGGUGGCAAAUUCAAAUUCAUCAUUGACGUUCCAAAUGACUACAAGUAUUCGCCGCCCAAAGUUCGCUGUUUGACUCGCAUCUACCACCCAAACAUCACUGAAACAGGCGAUAUCUGCCUAAGCAUUCUCCGACUCCACUUUGACGAAACUGGCUGGUUGCCCACCCGCUCGCUCAAAGACGUCGUCUGUGGCCUUAACUCUCUGUUCACUGAUCUGCUGAACUUUGAAGAUCCACUGAACAGCAGUGCCGCAGAACACUACAUGCGUGAUCCAAAGGGAUUUGCCCGCCAAGUCAAAGAAUACAUUAACAAAUACGCCGUCAACUAG